GCCUGGACGACUGGCUAGUUCCUAGGCGGUCGGUGGUGGCGACGGCGACGGCGGCGGCGGAGGCGGCGGCGACAUGGAGAGCGGGGCCUACGGCGCGGCCAAGGCUGGCGGCUCCUUCGACCUGCGGCGCUUCCUGACGCAGCCGCAGGUGGUGGCGCGCGCUGUGUGCUUGGUCUUCGCUCUGAUCGUGUUCUCCUGCAUCUUCGGCGAGGGCUACAGCAACACGCACGACUCCGAGCAGAGGUACUGCGUGUUCAACCGCAACGAGGACGCCUGCCGCUACGGCAGCGCCAUCGGGGUGCUGGCCUUCCUGGCCUGCGCCUUCUUCUUCGUGGUGGACGCCUACUUCCCCCAGAUCAGCAACGUCACCGACCGCAAGUACCUGGUCGUCGGCGACCUGCUGUUCUCAGCUCUCUGGACCUUCCUGUGGUUUGUCGGUUUCUGCUUCCUUACCAACCAGUGGGUGGCCACCAAGUCGGAAGAUGUGCUGGUGGGAGCCGACUCGGCCCGCGCGGCCAUCGCCUUCAGCUUCUUCUCCAUCUUCUCCUGGGGCCUGCUGGCCUUUCUGGACUACCAGCGCUACAAGGCCGGGGUAGAUGACUUCCUGCAGAACUACGUGGACCCCACCCCGGACCCCAACACCCCCUACGCCUCCUACCCGGGCCCAUCUGUGGACAACUACCAGCAGCCGCCUUUCACCCAGAACGCGGAGACCACCGAGGGCUACCAGCCGCCCGUUGUGUACUGAGCUGCAGUGGGGGAUGGUAAGGGGCGCAGGGGGGCGCCUGGGGGCCACCCCUCCAUCCUGGACUCCGCCCCCCAGGCCAGCCUCCCGAAGCUGCCGGCCCGGCCCCCUGCCUGGUGUCCGUCCCUCCUCACACAGCCUGGCUUGAGGCACCCCUGCCCGAGGGCUGCAGCUGCCCCUCGGGGGUGUUUUUAGGAAAAGGGUUCCCAGCUAGUUUGUCGUUGCUUCUCCCGGUCCGCAGCCCCGCCUGACAGCUGGAAGUGCCUGACAAGCUGUUCUCACAAGUGCCUUUGUGUCUCCCAAGCCGAUCAGGAGCGGGGCCCAGGACCAGGCCACAGUGCCCUGAGGCUCGGGGUUCUCUGCCAAAGACGAGGCUGGGGGCCUCCCCUUGCUCUGUCCCUGGGGCGGGCGGGGCCUCCCUCUCUCCUCACUCAGGUCUGCCGCCCCCGCCCCGCCUGCCCCAGAGUGGGCGGCCUGCUCGCCCCUGCUCGCUCUCGGGCCUGGGGUCACCCACCGCCCCGUGCCAGCGCCGCCGGGCCUUCUUCCUGACAGCCCGCCCAGGGGACACGGGGCAGCACCCCCUGCCCGGUACCCCUCCCAUCACUCCCGCCCACCCCACAGCAGGGGGAGCCUCUGCCUGACAACACCCAGCUUUAUGUAAAUACUCUGCCACCGUGCCCGGGGCGGUGUGGGUGCGCCCACGGCCCCGCGGCCCCCCUCAGAUUCUGUCAUGGACUACUUGGGGUGGAAUAAAUGGUUUUCUCAUUCAUAA